UCUAGGCUCGGAGACGAGUCGUAAUCAUGGUGAACGUAGGAAAGCGGAUGCACAUAUUAAGACGCAAGGUAAAGCACGCGGCCAGAUAGCCACCCAAAGUGGGCGUUCUGACAAGGCGCUCCGCUUCAGAUGUUAGCGAUACGGCAUGGCCCUGGAGCGAUGAUAUUACCACCCGAGAUCACACGGAUACAUCUAGACUUCGCCCAGAAGUCGGCGGGCGGCCACAUGGGCCCGAGGUGCGCCACUUCUCAUAAAAAAUAUAUAUGGGCGACCUCAAUCCGUCCGCAGACAGACCCGACUGACCGCCGUCCUCCCCCCCCUCUACCCGAUCGCAGGAAAUUCUGGAAGAUCUGCCUCCCGCGGCUCAAGUUCUGGAACCCGGCGACGCCGAUGCUCGUGAACCGGACGGCGGACACUUCGGCGCCGGCGAAGCUCUCGAUAUACUUCCGGCAGACGCCGCUCUCGGACGCGAGCUCGACGACGCCGACGCCGGCGGCGCUGCUCAGCAAGUUCAACGAGCUGCCGCUGGCGCAGCAGCCGCACUCGAGCACGUCGAACGAGUACCCGGCGCCGGAGCCGGAGGAGGGCGAGCGCGUCGUCACCAUCGACGUCAAGAACGUGCACUCGGACGCGAUCCUGGCCGAGUUCACUGCCAAGACCGGCGCCGUCCCCGUCCAGCCGACCCCCGACGAGCUCUCCGAGAUGCGCCAGCUCGAGGAGCUCACCGAGCGCGGCGCCUUCGACCGCGCUAUCAUGAAGAAGUACUUCGACGACCAGCGCCGCGAGGAGCGCAUGCUCGCGCUCGCCCACCAGGAAGCCGAGGCCAUCAAGAAGGCCAACACCUGAGCCCGUCGCGACGAGAGCGGUCGGGGCAGUAAGGAAAGGAGAGGAGCGCUUUCGUCCUGGU